AUGGGCUACCACAAUUUCCCCUUGCGACUAAAGGAUCACCCUAGUCUUUGUAAUCAGUUCAAAAUGAAAAGGAUGUUCUGUGCAAGUGGAUCUAAUGGGCUGAGCUCCGUUUACUUAUCUGUGUUUCUUUUAUUCUCUUCUAGUUCUUGCAAGUAUUCACAUGAUAUUUUCUCAGAAACAAACAGGAAAAUUUUGAAAAACCAUGAACUCUCUGGCCUUAAUGAAGAGGAAUUGUGCGUUUUACUUUUACAGAACGACCCUUUUCUUUUACCUGAUGUGUGCGGUGCCUAUAACAAAGGGGGAGGGACUUGCACUCUGAAUGAUAGUUGCUCCCGGCUUCACAUUUGCCGCUACUUUCUCAAAGGAGAAUGCCGUUUCCCACGUUGCAAAAGGUCUCACAAUCUUCUGGAUCCCCUUGCUACGAGUCUGCUGAUCUCCGAAGGCCUGGAUCAAGACACCAUUUGGAACAUCCAAGCCAUUUGUGACGCCAGGAUUGCUGCCUUCAUAAGGGACCUUCGUGAGCCCUUUUACACACUUCCAAGCUUCUUGGGGCCACUUCCUAUUUCAGAACAUCUCUUUUUCUCAUUCCCUUGUUGAAACUCCCUCCCUCCCUCGAUAAUUUUGGUGAAAGAUUUUGAAAGGAAGUUUAGUUUAUUGUCAUUGCAUCUCAUACAACGAAA